AUGCUAAGCAGCUGGCAGGCCGACCCUCUCUUUCCAGCAGCGGAGGAGGUGCAAGACUCAGCAGACAGGCUGCGAUCCAGUUUCCACCAAUGGCAGCAGCUCGCGACGGCUGAUACCACCGAGUCAGGAGGCGGCGGGUCAGCGAGGGUGGACGAGGAGGGCGUGAGGCUCGUGCUCUUGUCUGCAUGCGAUACCUUGAAAUGGCAGCUUCAGGAGUUUGAGCGCGCUGUGCUCCGCGAUGCGACUUCCUCCGCCGUGUCUCUCCGCCCCCCAGAGCGUGCGGGUGGGGGGCGACCGCAGGAGGCGCAAGCGCGGAGACAGCAGUUCAUCUCCGCCAUCCGCGCGCAGCUCGCGCAGGUGGAUACCGCCGUCCGCCGAUCGUCCUCGCCGGGAAAGGUCACUCGGCCUACAGGUCAAGCUUUCCUCUCCGCCCCGUCUGCCCCUCCGCCCUCCGUCAUUUCCCCGCAAGAGCUGCAUCUGCGCCCGCUCACUGUAAGGAAACCGGAUGUGCCCGUACCUAGCAGCUGGCGAGGGGCGGGUGAUUGUAGGGGGCGUGAGUCUAUGGGGGGACUGCUACCGACAGCAGCUCCAGACCAGGGUGGGAGUAAAACGGGGCACAGUGGGUCAGCGUGGGCCUCUGAUGAAAACACCAUAAGCAGGGAAGGGAGGUCGCGUUGGCAACAGCAGCAGGAACAGGCGCAAGAGCAGGAGCAGAAUUGUACAUGGCGGGAAGCAGCAGCGAGCGCGCAUCCUGUUAGCGGAACCAGAGCGGGUGGAAGUGAGAAUCGGGGUGGGUCAAGGCCACCAGUGACUGCUGGAGGGGGGUUUGGUGCAGCUUCUGCUGCUGCUGCUGCUUCUGCUGCUGCCUUUGCUGUGCCGUCCCAUUUACUGCAGUGGUUGAAUGCGGGUACUAACACCCCACCAUCCGCUGCCUCAGUCGCAGGCAGAUGGAUGCAAGGCAGUAGAGUGGGUGGGGAGGGACAAGAUGAGGAAGAGGAGGAGGAAGGGGGCGUAGCUUGUGUGGGGAAAAGGUGUGUUGACUACUUGUCCGAGAGUGAGGGGGAGCGGGACGACGUGGGAGCGGCAGCAGAGAGAGAGAGGGCUUCGUUACAGUUGAGGGCAGACCACCAGGCUGUGGCGGCAGUGAGAGUGUGUGUGGCUAGGGAUGCCACAACUGGAACGGGUGUGGGCCGGCGGAAAGGAGGCUCCUCGUUCUCAUCCCUUCCCGCCGCUGCCUUGGGGGCGGCAGCAGCAGGAGCCGCAUCAGCAGCAGGAGCAGCGGCACCAGCGGAUUACCCAACUUUGACCCAUUCGCUACCAAUGCAACCACCAGUCUUGAGAUUUACCCCACUAUCAGACCGUAUAUCCAACCCCCUCGCAUGUGACGCGCCGCCACAGCAACACACUCCGCGUCAGCAGCUUCUCUCCCCUACCGCGCACCACCCCCUAUUGCCUCCCCCCGCCGCUUUACCCCGCCCUCCCCCUCGCGGGGCCGUUCAGUGGGUGGCAUUUCUCCUGCAGCAGUUCCAGCAGGGGGUGGAGCGGGGCAGAGAGCAGAGCCAGGAGCAGGGGCGAGGGGAAAAGCACUUGUGCUGCCAGGCCUGUGGGAGGCACCACUGCGGCAGUGCUGGGGUGGGGGCCUGCAGGGGCAAGUGUGCUGAGAGUGACAGUGAUGGCGGGGGAGUGGCAGGAGCAGGGGAAAGGAGAGUAGGAGGAGGAGGGGGAAGGGGGGGAGUGGUGGCAGCAGGUCCGGAGCUGAAGCUAGGGAGCUUGUCAUGUCUGACUGUGGCGGACCUUGAGCUGCCGUACGUUCGAGAAUCUUCUGCUUCAACGGGGAAAGAGAUGCCUGCUGCGGGGGAAGAGAGCGCUGUUGGGGAAAUUUGGAGGGAGGCAGCUGCGGGAGGGAUAGAUAGGGGGGUUGGCGGAGCCGGUGGGGGGGAUGGUUGGGUACGGGAGGGGGGAGUGGUGGCGGAGGGACGAGCGGCAGGUGUUGGUGAGGAGGUUGGAGAGGAGAGGAGGGUCAGAGGCGAGGAGGGGACGGCAGGAGGCGAGGAGGGGAGGGAAGGAGGUGAGGAGGGGAGGGAAGGAGCGGCGGAUGCGAGGGCAUCCGGUGACUCGUAUGCAGCACGGUGGCUCUUGAGCAGCGCAGAGCAGUGCUCUCAAGCUGGUGGCUGUGCUCGAGCUGAUGACGUCACUCGAGAUGGCAACCGUGCCCUACCAGAGGGAACGGCAAGGGAUUCAGAGGAAGAAAAGCCCGCAGAACCGUCCGCGGUGGGGAGGACACAAGAGAAGAUUAUAACGGACGGGAUAGUAACGGGGAUGAUCAGCCAAGCCAAGCCAGCAGCAGUGGGUGGCGGUAGGCAUAGGAAAAGGGCGGAUGCAGUGGGAGGGGGGAAGCGGAAUGGCGGAUGGGGUGUUGGCAAGGCCGGUGACUGCACUACUGAUGCCUCUGGGAGUGCUGGUGAGGGCAAUUUGCCUUGCUGCUCAAGUCAGAAGGAGCGUGCAGAUUGUGAUGACAGUUGUCCGGGGGAUAAGACAUUCCAGGGAAGUGACGCGUGCCACCAAGAUGACACCAGGUGUUUCAAAGACGACACAUGCCUCACAAGAGACGACAGCGGAUGCAAACUAGACGACACGUGGUCCGGCAGGAGGCAGAGCUGUGGGAGGCUUGGUACUGACGUGGCGGUGGGUGAGUCAGCAGCGGAUCAGCUGUGGGCGGCAGUGGAGGAGCUUCUGGAGUGCCCUGUCUGCUGCAUGGAGCUUUCUGCUCCCAUCUACCAGUGUCACAGGGGCCAUAUUGCCAUGCAGGGGCAAAGGCUGCAGCAGACUGGGUGGCUGGGACAACAGCAGGCUGGGUGA